AGAGCUGGUAGGUGGCUCAACCCUCCUGGGGUUGAGGGGAGGGGGAAGACGAAGCUUGAAAGACUUGGUAAUGGCGACGGGUUUGUCAGAGCACCAUAACAUGGUGUGGGAAGUGAAGACAAAUCAGAUGCCUAAUGCUGUACAGAAACUCUUGCUGGUAAUGGACAAGAGAGCUUCAGGAAUGAAUGACUCAUUGGAAUUGCUGCAGUGUAAUGAAAAUCUGCCGUCCUCACCUGGAUACAACUCCUGUGAUGAGCACAUGGAGCUUGAUGACCUUCCUGAACUUCAGGCUGUUCAAAGUGAUCCUUCCCAAUCUGCCAUAUACCAGCUAAAUUCAGAUGUUUCACAUCAAGAAUAUCCAAGACCAUCUUGGAACCAAAAUACCUCAGACAUAUCAGAAAAUACUUUUGGUGAAAAUGAGGUGGAUUGGUUAACGGAAUUAGCAAAUAUCGCCACCAGUCCCCAAAGUCCUCUUAUGCAGUGCUCAUUUUACAACAGAUCAUCUCCUGUACACAUCAUAGCUACUAGCAAAAGUUUACAUUCCUAUGCACGCCCUCCACCAGUGUCCUCUUCGAAGGGCGAGCCAGCCUUCCCUCAUCACCACUGGAAGGGGGAAACACCAGUCAGACAUGAAAGGGCAAACAGUGAGUCAGAAUCUGGCAUUUUCUGCAUGUCCUCCCUCUCAGAUGACGACGAUUUGGGGUGGUGCAAUUCCUGGCCUUCAACUGCUUGGCACUGUUUUUUAAAAGGCACCCGAUUGUGCUUUCAUAAGGGAAGCAAUAAAGAAUGGCAGGAUGUUGAAGAUUUUGCUAGGACCGAAGGCUGCCAUAAUGAUGAAGAUCUCCAAAUGGACACUUACAAGGGCUAUGGUUCUGAUGGUCUAAAGUUGUUAUCACAUGAAGAAAGUGUAUCAUUUGGCGAGUCUGUACUGAAGUUGACUUUUGAUCCUGGUACAGUAGAAGAUGGUUUACUUACUGUAGAGUGUAAGCUGGACCACCCUUUCUAUGUUAAAAAUAAAGGUUGGUCGUCAUUCUAUCCAAGCUUGACUGUGGUACAGCAUGGCAUUCCGUGUUGUGAAAUUCAUAUUGGUGAUGUAUGUCUACCUCCUGGACACCCCGAUGCCAUUAAUUUUGAUGAUUCAGGUGUUUUUGAUACAUUUAAAAGCUAUGACUUCACGCCCAUGGACUCCUCUGCAGUCUACGUGUUGAGUAGUAUGGCUCGUCAGCGUCGUGCAUCUUUGUCUUGUGGAGGAUCUGGUGGUCAAGACUGUGCAAGAUCUGGACUCAGUAAAAACUGUGGCUCUCCUGGAUCCUCACAGCUCUCGUCCAGUUCUCUGUAUGCAAAAGCUGUCAAAAACCAUGGCUCAGGGACUGUGAGUGCCACUUCCCCAAACAAGUGCAAAAGACCAAUGAAUGCCUUCAUGCUUUUUGCCAAAAAAUACAGAGUUGAAUAUACUCAGAUGUAUCCAGGGAAAGAUAACAGAGCCAUAAGUGUGAUCCUUGGUGACAGGUGGAAGAAAAUGAAGAAUGAAGAGAGAAGGAUGUAUACAUUAGAAGCAAAGGCUUUGGCUGAAGAACAGAAACGUUUAAAUCCUGACUGUUGGAAAAGGAAAAGAACCAAUUCAGGCUCACAACAACAUUAAACCCGGAUGUUUAUAUCCUUAAGUCUGUACUUGCAUAAAAAUUGACUGUUGGUGGAAAGACUUAAGAAGAUCGAGGUCUCGCCAUUUGUCCUGAAUUCGUGUGACCAUAAGAUACUGAUAGCACUGAGUCUUGAAAUGAUUUAAUAAUAUGAGUGAGGAUUUGCUUUCUCCAUUAGAGCAUUACGUAAGCUAAAACUAUCAACAUUGUAAACCAAAUUGCCUUAUUUUUCUUCCAAACUUCAUAUAUGUCUAUCAGGUAAUAUAGGCUUGAAAAUUGAUAUCCUGUGGUGCUAAAGUACAGUAGAAAGAGAGGAGAAGUGUAUACAUGUUUUAUUUUAAAUUGUACAAAAUGCGAAUUUAAAAGUAUAUAACUGCUGUUUAUA